AUGGCGCCACGAAAGAUCUCGGUCUCAGAGAUCUCGGCUCACAACAAGGACACUGACUGUUGGAUUGUUGUCGAUGGCAACGUGUGGGAUAUCACCAAGUUUGCGCCGGAACACCCUGGCGGGCCGGGCAUCAUCUACAAGUACGCAGGCCGCGAUGCCACCAAGGCAUACAACGAGAUCCAUUCGCCGUCCUUGAUCAAGACCAAUCUGCCGGCGGAAGCGCUGAAAGGCGUUCUCGACACGUCUACAAUCACAGAAGCCUGGUCUGGACCUUUACCCGUCGAGACGCCCGGGGCCAAACCGGCCUCGAGUGCUGAGAAGCCGCCUCUCGAGUCGCUGCUCAACGCCCACGACUUCGAGGUGGUCGCGGAGCACACUGCGACCGCGAAGACGUGGGCCUUCUAUAGCUCGGCAGCCAACGACCUGAUCACCAAAGACCUGAACGCCGCCUUGUUCCGCAGACUCCUCUUCCGCCCGCGGGUGAUGCGCCGGGUGGACAAGAUCACCACCGAAACAAACAUCCUCGGCAUCCCGGUGUCUUUUCCGCUGAUGGUCUCGCCCGCGGCCAUGGCUCGCUUGAUCCAUCCCGACGGCGAACUGGCUAUCGGACGCGCUGCCAAAGCGAAAUCGGUUGUGCAAUGCAUCUCCAACAACGCGUCGUAUUCAGCCGCCGAGAUCGUGUCUCAGCCUCAGGUCAGCGAGUAUCCGUUCUUCUUCCAGCUGUACGUCGACCGACAACGGCACAAGUCCGAAGCCCUGCUCCGGCACAUCCACCAGCACAAGAACAUCCGUGGCAUUUUCGUCACCACCGACGCAGCCGCGGCGGGGAAACGUGAGGCGGACGAGCGCGUCAAGGCAGACGAGAGCAUCCAGAACCCCAUGAUGACCACCAAGGCCAAGAACGACCGAAGGGGCGGCGGCUACGGCCGGCUGAUGGGAAACUUCAUCGACCCGAACCUCGACUGGGACGACAUUGCAUGGCUACGCAGCCACACCAAACUGCCGUUGGUCCUGAAAGGAAUCAUGUCCGCGGACGACGUGCGGCUGGCUCUGGACCACGGACUCGAAGGCGUCGUGCUGUCCAACCACGGCGGCCGCAACCUCGACACCUCGCCGCCGGGGCUACUGGUCCUCCUCGAGAUCCACGCCCGCUUUCCCGAGAUCAUCACCCAACACCAUCCUCGCUCCGAAGCCGUGCGAUCCGGCCAGGCCAGGCCGUUUUCCAUCUUCGUCGACGGCGGGAUCCGCCGCGGCACCGACAUCCUCAAACUCGUGUGUUUGGGCGCCGUGGCUGCAGGCAUCGGGCGGCCCGCGCUCUUCGCCACGGGGUAUGGUCAGGACGGCGUGGAACAGUUGAUCGACAUCCUCAAGGACGAAUUCGAGGUCGCCAUGCGCAAUAACGGCAUCACCAGCAUCGACGAGUGCUCGCCAGAGUAUCUCAACACUGGAGCCAUUGACAAGUGGGUGGUCAAGCAGAGAGAUCAUCCCUACGCCGUGCACUGGGCCACCGACAAGUUGGUCACCAGAAGUCUCUUCGGGACGGGGAGGGAGAGUAAGCUGUAA